AUGAGCGCUUCACGAGUAUACGCCUUGGGAAACUCGCCCUUGGUGUAUUUGAUGAGCCACGAAAUUGCGUCUUUAAGCUUCCAGCCUCGAGUUCCCGAGCUCGUUUUGUUACUGCAAGACCAAAAAAAACUGAACCGUUUUUUGCAAAAUGAGUCUAGAUUGGUGGUAGAGAGACCCAAAGGAGGCUACAGGGGCUCCCAUCAAUAUAUGGCGUCCUGUUCGCCCCCAAAAUUCGCAUCUGGAGAAGUCGCCAAAGUCGAUAACGUUAUUGUCGGAGAAAAAACGCCAAAAUCUUUUACCCAUGCACUCAAGAAAUACAUGGAUUCUAUUCACAGCGGGACAAAUGUGCUACUUAUGAAUCCUACGGUCGGUCUAGUGGACAUCUUACGCAAAAAUGUAUGGCGUGAGCGUGAGAAUAGCCCAAAAUUGUUCAUCGGCGUGGCCAAUGAGCGACAUAUUUCGCGACCUAGCGAAUUCACAACCCAGCUUUCGAGCUAUAAAAGCUCGAUUCAAAUUUCUGCAGUGCCGGAAUCGCAUCGGGGAUACUCUUAUCAGGAGGACGUGCAACACGCUCAAGAAUUGGCGGAGACAAACCCUUUACUGCGAUUACUGAAAUCCGUAAAUGAGGAACAAUCGGGUUCCGUCUUUGGGGUCACAAAUAGGUCCUACGGCGAUCUUUUAUUGUACAGGUACGAAGAGCUUAUUACUAAAAGUUGUGUUCUUCCGAUAACAACAAUUUACGGGCCUCAAUCGCUUGAUAUCACGGUAUCAGGAGAGCUGAUGAAAAUGGUACGAAACUUGGUUCGAGAAUUCACGUUCACAAUCAAAAUCACAGACAAAUUCGUUAAUCAUAUACCGCAUUCCGCAGGAGCAUUAAAUCAGGAGCGAUUGGUAUCAGCUGUAUGCCGAGCUCUCAAUAGUGACAAGCGAAAACUCUACAACGAAACGAACGUUCAUGACAUCAACCAAUUCAAUGGUUAUUUUGCAUUACAGGCCAAAAAGCGCAAUAUUCAAUUACCUUUCAACGAGGCAAUGAUGAUAUGCGCCAAAGCCAAGCUCGAGCUCGCGCAUGAGUCUAGUCUCAAUUACAAAUCCUUGUAA